GAAACAAACAUGGCGGACGGCUGUGUUUUGUUGCGGUCAGUGUUAGAUGUUGAUGGCAAGUCCUUUGACGUUAUUUUAUCAGGCACAUCUAUUUCAUGGGGACAUGUGGGUAUAGAAGAAUCUGGACUUGGUAAGAAAAUCUUGAAAUGUUUUCAUCGCGUGUGUCUGUGGUAAUCAGAUCAUAAUUUUUUUUUCAAGCUUCAUCGCGCGAUUCAGCUGUGCUGAUUGAUUGCAAAAUCGAUUAGUUUAUAUCUUUAAGUUCCUCGUUCGCCCAUAUGGUGAUGAUGAUUUCACAAUAUUAAACUCUGUAUGAAUCAAAUGGUUUUGCGCACUGAGGAGAUUUCCUGUUAAAACGUCGAUGCGAGUUCGAAUUCAAGUUGCGUUCAAUGGACUUAGUUCAUGAAAAUAAACUAAUCUGAUUGUUAUUUACUUUUUGCCGAUUUUGACGAUACGAUCAUUAACUAAGUUUGUCCUAGUUUUUCACCUCAGAGGAAAUUGCAAUGAACCUAUUUUAAUGCUACGUAACAUGAAGUAAUGUCGCUAUAUUAAAAAAAACGCUUUCCAUGGUGAUAGCUCGACUUGCAAGGACUUAUCCCAAUAUCAAUAAGAUUAUCUCGAAUGUAUGUCUGACUAUAGCAUUGUACUGGAAUAUUUUUGGGAUCGGGUUUUGCAUCUCAAGAGUUGAGUCUUAAAAAAAUAGUUCUUAGUGAACAUACAGAAAAUUUUUUUGCGUGAAUCAGUUUGUUUUUAGUAUCAGUAAAAGUCUGCCUCCACUCUUAAUGUCUCUAGUCAGUCUAUAAGAUUCCAAAAUGUCUCACAAGACGUGGGCUUUUAUACUUCAGGGUACCUACUGUUGCUUAUUAAAAGUCACACACACAAAACUGAUUAAUGCGAUGACAAGAAAUACAGUAUUGAUUAAAUCAGACUUCUCUGACGUCUUUGCCUAUUAAUAUUAUAAGAUAAGAUCAUGUACUAGUGCUUAUGAAAUGAGAAGGAAUCUCUGGAAGUAUCCUGUAAUAUGCUUGGUUGGUUUUGUAUGACUAACGUUGGUAAAAGUACUGGCAUUUCAGUGUCAUUGGUUAUGAUUUUAUCAAUGAUUAAGUAGCUUUGAUUGAGGUCAUAGGAUAUUUGUUUUUUCAGGUAAUGCCUUUUUCAAGAAGACCUUGCCUUUGCCUGAGGUUUUUGCAGUUGUGCCUCAUAAAAUAAAGACUGUGCAGUCCACAGAAGGAGAAAUUGAGUUGGCUUCAUUCAAAAGUUCCUCAUUCUGUGUCUAUGCUGUCAAGAGAACAAGGAAACACAAAUGGAGAGAGAAAGUGUUUGUGUUCGACUGCCAUGAUGAAUGUUUGUGUGAAGAAUGGGUUGAUAGUAUACAGAGCAUUCUUUCAGGUAUUCAUGAGCUGUAUUAACAUUAAUAGGCUCUAAAAUUAUUAUAACUGUUGAUCAUGAAAUGUAAUUUCCCUACAGAGUUGUUUACAGUCUUUCUCAGUGUCCAUCAUUCUUAUUGUCCCUUUUUCCAAAGGGAAUCAAGAGCAAAAUUAAUGUUUUUGUUUAAAAGGGGUUUAUUACCAUAUUUAAGUUGAUAUAAAUUUCAAUUUUUUUCAAAUCUCUCUAUGCAGGUUUUAACAGGCCCAAAAGAUUACUGGUUUUUAUCAAUCCAAUUGGGGGAAGAAAAUUAGGUCGUAAAAUAUACACAGAGCAGGUGCAACCCUUAUUUGAACUAGCCAACAUCAAGGUUGAUUUAAUAGGUGAGUAUGUAGCAAAGUGUAGAAUGUGCAAUUCCUUUGCACUUAAUUAGUAUAUACAGAAUUAUUUAAAUACUUUUAAAUCACAUUUUUGAUUAGUAUUAACCACGCGUACAAACCAGGAGCAUAUAUUGUGUCUUUUUGUAGGCUGAAGUUUUACAGGUGUAGUUGCUUGUACUCAUUUCUAAUGAUUAACACCUCAACAUUGGUAUUCAAAUUCUCCUUUCUGUUCUCUCUACAUUUCCAAUGAUACUGACAAGGAGAAAUCAUUUGACAAUCAGGAACUUCUUAGAUUGUUGAUCAUUUCUGAUAUUCUCAUGACUUUUCCAAUUGUUUCAAGGGUGAUACUGAUAAUGAGAAAUUAGAGACCAGUCUCUCUUAAAGUCAAAGGCCUUAUAACAAUGAUCAUAUUAAUAAUGCUGAUGAUAAUAAUAAUAAUGGUGAUGAUAAUAACAAGAAUGAGAACAAUGAAAAUAACAAUUGAUCAUGAUUCUAUAAUAUUUUACUUGUUGUUUUAUUCAGUUACUCAGAGAGCAAAUCAUGCAAAAGAUUACCUUUUAAAAGAGGGAUUGGAGAAAAUUGAUGGGUAAGUGUAAUACGUAAUAACUAAAAAAAAAGAGAAAAGAUUUUAAGCCAAAUUAAAUAAAACUGCUAUGGUCAUGUCACAAGCUUCCAGGUUAGGUUUCUACCCUAAGCUUCACCACUGUUCUUUACAAGAUUGCAGGGUACAGAGUUGUGUUCUACCUUGCAUUAGGUUAGGGUUUUUAAAGCAAGUUAAAGUAAAUAUGGUGUAUUUUCUCACAUUAGGGAAAUCAUAAAAUGUUUUUUGAAUUUCAAUUGAAGGAAGUACUUGGUAAAAAAUAACACCCCACAGAAGUUCUUGUUUAUAUUUUGUUUUUAGAGAAACCAUGAAUUAUGAUUAACUUGCUCCAAUGUUUUUUUUAGUGUCAUCUCUGUUGGUGGAGACGGUAUGUUCCAUGAAGUUUUGAACGGACUUUUGAUACGAGCUCAACAAGAUGCCAUGUUGGAUUCAACAUCCCAUAACUUCCAACCUGUACCACUAAAUAUUCCCAUAGGUAUCAUACCUGCAGGUGAGUCAAAUAUCUUCCAGUUGCUGUAAUUGAUCGUGACAGACAAGGUGACUCAUGAAUCAAUGCAUUGAACCCAAGAUUGAGAGGUCAGGAUAAGAAUUUAUUCCUAAAAUCAUCUACAGCGUAAGAUAAAUUAGCGUACAAGUUGGUCUUCAUUAUCACUACUGUGGCACAAGCAUUUCCCCACCAGGGAGUAAGUUAAACCCUCCUUGCUGUCAACCACACAAUUCUUAUAAAGUUAGUUCAGGGAAUUUAGUAUUGAAUCAACUAAUUAUCCCCAAAUUGAUAUUAUUAUUUCUUCUCAUCACUAAUCUGGUUGAUAUUGUAUUAAUAUUGUAAGGAGAAGUUCUGUCUUGGUCACUCAUGAGAGUUAAAGGGUUGAGGCAUUGAGAAAAGUGAGCCAAUAAGAGAUCUGCACUAUUGAUACUUGAAGUUGUUUAGGUGUUGUUUCUCUGUUUUUAUUAGUUUUGUAAAAUUUUUGUAUUUCUAUAUUUUAUCAUAGGGUCAACAGAUGCUAUUGCUUUCUGCACAACUGGAAAUAAUGAUCCUAUUACUUCAGCCCUGCAUAUAAUUUUAGGUCAGUGGAAGAGGCAUUUUUCUGUAGAAACCAUAAAUUCCAAAGUUGGAAGUUAUGAAAACUGGAGGCUAUUCAAAUGAAUGUGUGGUGACUGCUUGAAUUACAUGAUGACUGGCUGGUCAUAUAGCUGUCUGAUGGUGUAUGAUAAAAGUCUAUUUGAUUGAUAACAGACUGAGAAGGGAUUGACAGGCUGACCAAGGGUCACACAGAGAAAUAGCUAAUAUGAAUAGCUAAGUUAUCGACAGGCUAACUUAGUGUUCACAUGAUAGCUAAUGACCAACUGACAGACUGAUGACUGGCUGACUGACAAUGUGACUGACUGACCUACUGGUAGAAUGAUAACGGUCUGACAAAGGGGUUGACUAGUAGAAUUAGGGACACACCAAAGAGUGAUUGUCCAACUGACUGACUGACUGAUGACUAAGUGACAACUGACUGACUGACUGUCAACAGACUAGCUGAGUGACUGACUGACUAAUUGACCACUGACUGACUGACUCACUGAGUGACUCGCUUAGUGACUGACCAAUUGAAUGACUGACUGACUGGUAGACUGACUGAUUUAAUGACUGACAGACUGACAGAUGAACUGACUGACAGACUAACUGAAUGUCUGACUAUCAGAUUAACCAUCCAAUCGACUUAAUGACUGACAGAAAAAUGAGUGAAAUAAUUGACUACUCACUGCAGGGGCUGAUUUCAGAUACACUUUGACAAAGAAAUCUCUGAAAUGUCUUUUCCCACUAUUGCCUAAAUAAGCUAAGGAACAUUUUGAGACAAGUAUAUUCUUAAUAAUUCCUAUUGAGUUGUAACUUGUGAUCCUGUCUUCACAAUAACUUUGGUGUCAGACAAUGUGGACACCCGGAUACCACUUCCCCUCCGCCCACUAUGGUUUACUUGCUGUUUUUUCAUCUUACCAGGUGACCUUCAGCCGCUCGAUGUCUGCUCAGUCAAACGAAAGAAUGAAAUAUUACGUUACAGUGUUGUCAUGGCAGCAUAUGGAUUCUUUGGUGACGUCAUGCAGGAUAGCGAGAAACUUCGCUGGAUGGGUCCUAAACGUUAUGACUUUUCUGGCUUUAAAAAAUUCAUGACAAACCGGUAAUUCAAACGGAUUUCUUCAAACUGUGUAUUAAUUUUCUUGCGCCAUCUUCUCAACCAAUCAGAUGCAAACUAAAGCAGCUGUGAGCAAGGCCAGUCAGGACCAAGUAAUUUGGUUUUAUCAACUCAGUUGAUGACGUAAAUUGGCCACCGUAAAGAGUUUCUAAGCUGACGUAUCGAGCGUGUGCCCUUCGCCAUUCGCUCUGAAACUUAGUCCCUUUAAUCCGAAUAAAGCUCAGCAUCUGAAAGAACCAAUGGGAACUCAAAGUAAGAACUUGUAAGGGCGGGAAAAUCGAGCCGCACUUGGUUUUAGUUUUUCCCCCUGAUUGGUUGAGAGGGUGGUGUGAGAUUUUUAGACCAAUCAAGAACAAAGGUAAGUGGCCUCAUGGGUGGGAAAACGCAAAUGACCGAGGUGCACAUGGUUUUAACUUUGUACCUGAUUGAUUGAGAAGUUUGCGCGAGAUUUUAAGACCAAUCACAGGACGGAGUGAAGCAAACCAAUCCAAUACAGAUUCCUUUUCACUCUCACUUGAAAGUUUGUCCAUAAAUUGUACUUAGACGUAAAUUUUUGUGAUUCAAUUUUUCUCCGCACAGGGGCUAUGAUGGUGCAGUUUCUUUUCUACCAGCUCAAAAUACAGAGCAUGCGCCACGAGACAGAACUAGAUGUCGGUCUGGGUAAGUGAGCUUUAAACCUUUUUAUGAGCUAAUGAUCGUUUUGUGUCGUUUUAUGAUCUGAUCUGAGAGAAAGUUGCCUUGUACUUCUUCUUUGUUUUAUGAAUAUAUAUGAUGAUGUGUCAUUGUAUGGCAGCGCUAAGUGCUGUGUCGGUGUGUGUGUGUGAAAGGGGGGGAGGGGAGGGGAGGGAAAGGGUAUAACAAGAUAAUUUGGUUUUAUCAUUGACCUCCGUAAAGAGUUCCUAAAGCUGUCUUUUGGAGUGUUAUCUCUCCAUCAGAGCGAAAUGUGACCAAUUUUCGUUAUCAAGUCAAUCGAAAACACCAAAUUAUCUUGUUAAUUCAAGAGCUAACGUCGCCUAUCUUAAGUCUUAAGUUGUGGUUUUAUUUCUCGCAGUUGACGAUUUUUUCCUUACUUAUUUUUAUUUGUUUUUUGUUUUUCCUCAGCUGCAAUGUCUGUAGUGAUUUUAGUGACUCAGGUCAGCAACGUGACUUUCAACAGUCCACAACAGGUUGGUUAUUUCUAAAUGAACUGAUUAUUGAAAUUUUUCUAAAUAUUUUUUUUACCAAGGAGACAAGGUGAUUGACACGCUGGACUCCGGAUGGAGAGGUCUGGGUGCGAGUGCUGUUUUCUGCACUACGGUCUAUGAUUGCUCCAGAAAAUCCGCGCUAGGCUUUCGACCAAUCAAAUGCAAACCUAAAACCGCUCAUGACCCGCGUUUUCUCGUGCUUCAGGCAAUUUGUGUGGCUCGCUAUGAUAUUUUUCUUUCCUAUAACCACACUCAGUCGAACAGGGCUAAAAGAGAAAUGGUUAAUUUUAAGUUCACUCGUCUAAUAAAGAAAGAUGUUUUCGUUUUGUCACGAUUAUAGCAUUAACUUGCCCCUUCAGAUUUCGUGGUUGGAAUGUUUAGCACUGAGCAAAUGCUAAACAAGUGUGGGUAAAACGCAAAUGACCGAUGCACCUGAUUGAUUGAGAGGGUGGUGCAAGAUUUUUAGGCAAAUCAAGAACAACGGUAACCGGCCCAAAGGGCGGGAAAACGCGGAAGACCAAGUCACAAUUGGUUUUAAGUUUUGCUCCUGAUUGGCUGAAUGGGUGACACGAGUUUUUUAAGCGAAUCACGAACAUUGGUAACCGGCUCGAGGGGCGGAAAACGCGGAAGACCAAGUCACGAUUGGUUUAAGUUUUGCACCUGAUUGGUUGAGAAGGCAGCGCGAAUGUUUUCGAUUAAUCGUGAACACAGGUAACCGGCCACUAGGGCGGGAAAACGUGGAAAAGCAAGUCAAGCCAUGUUCAAGGAUCAUAUGUGAGACCCUUCCUUCAUAGUUCCAAGCUCAGAAUAUGUUGGAAACGUCCUUUGCGACCAGAAAGGCGGUUGCAUAAUGAUGACUGAUAUCAGGAGGUUGCGCCCCAUUGCAAGCUCGUCCUUAACUAUUUGCCCCCCAGUCACGAGUUCGCCCCAUCAAAUAUAAUAAGGUUGCCCCCACCUUUACCCGUUCAUCGCCUAGGGUAAUGAUAGAGUGAACUCGACCUCCUGGGGGCGAAUGGGUAAAGGGGCGAACUUGCGAUGGAUAUUUCUUCCUUGAUAGCAAUACAAAGAAGGCUGUUAAUCCGUGUCCUUGAGUGUUUGACAAAGAAAAAAAAAAUUGUGCUGUUGACUACGAUUCUGCUUUCUCUCAAGGUUGGCGUUCCAUUAAAGGUCGCUUCAUCAGUGUCAUUGGGGCAAAUAUUUCAUGCGCAUGCGCCAAGAGUCCCGAAGGUCUUUCUCCUAGUGCUCACCUAGCUGACGGCUGUUUGGAUCUCAUUCUUGUUCGACAUACAUCACGCCUACAGUACCUUAGACAUAUGAUCAGAAUCUCUUCCAGGGCAGAUCAGGUUAAUAUUGAAAUUCUAUUUGCUUUCUUUUGCUCAUUGUCGCUUUUUUUCAUUUUUUUAGAUCUCAGCAAUAAUUAUUGAUUAUUUUGUGGUUUUUCUUCUCUCGCAAUUAGUUUAACUUCGAUUUCGUGGAAAUUCAUCGCGUGCGGGAGUUUUACUUCCGGCCUCUAUGUGAGGACAGUGAGCCUGGUGACGAAAACGAUGGCAGUGAAGAGACUGGAACUAGAGAUGAUGACGAAGAGCGGCUGGCCGCAAAAACGUCAUCAGUGACGCCACGACCCCGCGCCAGGAGCGUUUGGAACGUGGAUGGAGAGUUGGUUACACAUUCUGCCAUACACGUAAAGUACGAACCUGUUUCUUUUAUCUACGAUUAUUUUUAUCGCUUGUCUGCUUGAUAUUGUAUUGGUAUUGUAAAGAAAAUUCUGUCUUGGUCACUCAUGAGAGUUACAGGGUCAACACUGUGAUUUUCCAAUCAACCAUCAUUUGUUCCUUGAGAUCCUGAACUUAUUUCUACACUUAUCUCUUUGUUUUCAGGGUGCAUCGCCAUCUUAUUCGUUUAUUUGCCCGAGGAAUUGAAGAAUGUGACGAUACUCCAUCGUGCACAGUUUGUAGAAGACGUUGAAUUUAGCUUAAACUUCAGACUGUUAUCUUGUUCCACGAUUCUCUUGGGCAUAGAAGCUGGUAAUGCCCUUCCUUGGUACAUAACUGGCAGCGAAUCCUGUAUUCUAAUUUAUUAGCUGCAUGGCUAACUUGAGCUUAUAAUGCCCGCUCUGCAUUUAAAUUUUCAUUUUGCAUCAUGUGAUUGGUUGACUAGUUUUCUAAACCAUUCAAAAUGGUAAUUAUUCAAAGGUAGUUCCCAGGAUCCACGUUUGUAGCUGAGUAUGUGUGACCGCAAACGUCUAGGUCUUACGUGACCAGACUCCAGCGGUCACGUUCGCCGUUUGCCGUCCACGUUUGAACUCCCUCGAUCCUUUUUCCCUUCCUAUUCAAAAGUUAUCGCGUAUGUCCUAUGAAUAUAUAACCAAUCCGUUUUGGCCGCAUUUUGUGUUUGAAAUGAAUGACCCUCAUCCUUUGUGUGAUUCAAGAUGUCGGCGCACAUGUUGAUUUUUUCCGGUUGAAAGCCGACUUCGAUCUAAAAAGCUGAAAAUCUCAAAACUGAUAACUUCUAACCACAAACCACUUACCGCAGUUUGACGUUUGUGGUGAACACACCAAACGUAGAUCGAAAACUCUCUAUUGAAACCAUGGAAACCCUUUGGUUUUGACACCUAUUGUAAAUUUCGUUCUGUAACGAAAUUGACCCAGUCGUUAGAGCGGAACAUAUUUACCAGUUACGUUCUAUUUGCGCUGUUCUAAGGGCAGACGUCUCCUUGGGUGGGAAAAAAGGCAAUUCAACGAUAUUCUUGGCUCAUAAAUUAAGUGUUUAUAACUUUUUUGCAAUAGGGUUAAUUAUGUAUUAGUUUUAAUAGAGCUUAAAACGACGUUUGAAACUUUCAUUAUUGUUUACAUUUCCUGAACGCUUGCCUUUUUGAAAGGCAAAAACAAUCACCAUUAGAGAAAUACUGAUACUUUAUUUUGAUUUGCGUUUAAAUUUAUUUCAUUUACGCUGCUUUUAACUUAGUAGCAUAGCUCACAUCUCCUUAUGUCUUUGACGAAAUGUAAUACGCAUGUCAGACACUUAUUUUCCGCUGGUCGGAAUUGCAUGAACAGUCUGGUCUGGCUCUGAUUGACUUAAUUCCUUUCGGAUGUCAGUAAGUAUUAGUUUAUCAUUCAAAAAAAAUAUUUUUAAAAGAUAUAGUGUAGGUUUACAAGUUAGUUAACCAAAGCUCCUCAGUGGAUUUGUGAACCGAGGGGCUCUGGAGACAACAGCUCUUCCGACUUAAAAUUAGUUGCAGUGUCUUUUUUGUGAUAAAGGUGUGAUGUCUGAGUUGGAUUCAUUUUUGUGUUUGUGUUUAUUCAUUCGAAGUUGCUGUUUUCGUAGGGUAUGAAAAAUCUGAUCAAUCUUAGUAUCUGAGCAACUACGCAAGUACCACACCGCUAACUUCACCUACCACUCCCUAGCUUCACCUACCCCUCCCCUAACUUAACGACAGUCAACCAGAUAACUUAAGAUUAAUGUUGAGUUAAUAAAGGGACUGGCACCCACUUGUCAUUUAUUCAAAUAUUCUGCGGGAAUUUGACUUUGUGGAUUGGUGAUUUAGAUGUUUUGUCUUGCGAGAAAAAAAUUGUUACGGUUCUGCUUCGAGUUAAAUUUUGCCGAAC